AUGGAGGAAGACGGCAUCAUUGAGCCUUUAGAAGACGACGAUCUGCCCGAGGCAGCGCGUGAGGUCACUUCCGACUACGACCCGAGCGAGGAAGAAACCACUUUUGGCUCCCUGACAUCGAGCGUCAACGGCCACGUGUGGGAGUAUGGAAGGCGCUACCAUGCAUUCCGAUACGGCAGGUACCCAAUUCCGAACGAUGAAGAGGAAUACAAGAGAGAAUCCAUCAGGCACACCAUGCUGAAGGACCUGUUGGGCGGCAAAUUGUACCUCGCCCCCAUUGGGGACAGCCCUCAGAAGAUCAUCGAUCUGGGCACCGGAUUUGGCGAGUGGGCCAUUGAGGUCGGCGAGACCUUCCCCAGCGCCAAAGUAACGGGCGUCGACCUCUCGCCCAUCCAGCCCCUCUGGAUCCCUCCGAAUGUCGAGUUCAUCGUCGACGACAUCGAAGAUGAAUGGGUGCACGCCAACGACUACGACUUUGCUCACUUCCGCUUUGUCAACACCCUGCUCAAGGACAAUGUGGCUGUCUUGACUAGGGUUUUUCAAAACCUCAAGCCGGGCGGCUGGGUCGAAAUCCAGGACGUCCUCCCGCACGUGGCAUCCGACGACAACACGAUCCCGCCCGCCUAUCCCCUCAUCAAGUUCUACGCCAUGCUCAAGCCCGUGCUACGGAACAAGUACGGAUUCGACAUACGGCUCAUGGACCGUCUCCCCGGCCUGCUGCAGAACGUUGGCUUCGUCAACGUGCAGAGGAAGGUGUUCCACAUGCCGCUGGGCGAAUGGGCGCGGGACCCGUACCUGCGGCUGCUCGGCGGCUACUUCCGCGAAGUCAUGCUGGACUUUGUCGGUGCCAUGGCCUCGCGGCCGCUGGUCGAGGCGGGCUACGACAGGGAAGAGAUCGACGACAUAGUCAGGGACGUUCACGCUGCCUUCGCCAACAGGCGGAUCCACGCCUAUCUGCCUAUACACUUUGUCUGGGCUCAGAAGCCGCCGGCUUGA